AUGGAUUCGAACACAUCUCCUCGUCUAGUGCUUAUUGCACAUGUUAAUAAGAUGAUUGAGAAGUAUACGUUGGAUAACCCACUGUCAUUGCAGGCUCAUAAAAAAGCUUGCAACGCUCUUCCAGGAGGUCAAACACGUUCUGUCCUGAGCUCCAGUCCCUUUCCCUUGACAAUUAGGUCAGCUCGCAGAGUCACGGUUACUUCUCUAGAUGGGCGCGACUAUCUGGAUAUGGUAUCUGACUAUUCUGCCGGACUGUACGGUCAUUCACAUCCUAUCAUCAAGCAAAGCAUAAUGAAAGCCUUGGACUUCGGCUUCAGUAUAGGCGGCAUCACAGAGACUGAGUAUGAGCUGAGCGACAUAUUGAAGCAACGAUUUCCCAGCAUCGAUCUCGUCCGUUUUUGUAAUUCUGGUACAGAAGCCAACACUUACGCCAUAGCUGCGGCUUUGGCAUUUACAGGGCGGAAAAAAGUGCUCAUCUUCGAUCAUGGUUACCAUGGUGGAAGCCUUUCGUUCGGAAGCGAAGGCAAUGCCAUGAACUUGCCCCAUGAUUUCGUCUUCGGUACCUACAACAACGUGGAGAAGACAAAGGCGGUUGUUGAUAAAGACAUUGGAGUAAUCUUGGUCGAGCCCAUGCAGAGUGCUGGAGGAUUGCGAAUGGCAACAAGAGAAUUCAUGCAAUUUCUCCGCGGUGUCGCAGAUACUGUCGGGGCGCUGCUUGUACUGGACGAGGUUGUCACCUCGAGACUGCACUUCAACGGACUGCAAUCACAUUUUGGAGUCAAGCCAGACUUGACAACACUCGGAAAAUAUAUCGGCGGAGGACUCCCUUUUGGAGCGUUCGGUGGGCGAUCAGAUGUCAUGCGACAAUUUGACUUGACAUCUACCGACUCAGGGCCAAAGCUCAAUCACUCUGGCACCUUCAACAACAACAUAUUUACCAUGACGGCUGCCGUGGCUGCUGCCAAUCUUGUGAGCAACGAGGAGAUUGAAAGACUGAACCGCUUAGGGGACGCCUUGAGGAAUGGCGCAGUCAAAUUAGCCAAGGCAGCUCGCCUGGACCAUAUCAACAUCAUUGGUUAUGGCAGCGCCAUCGGGUUUGAGCUACUCGACGGAUCUGGCAAAGUCUGGAAAGACUUGCUCUACUUCUAUUUCCUAGAGCGUGGGAUCAUGAUUGGACGGCGCGGUUUUCUUUUCUUGAAUCUAGUGCAUGUGGAAGGAGACGUGGACAGUUUCCUGCGAGUUUUCCAGAGUUUUACGAGGGACUUCGGAAGUAAGACCCAGGCAUGA